AUGAUCCAAAUCAAAGGCCAACUAUUGAAAAUAUUUUUAAUUCUCUUGGAAAUAUCAAAUUAGAAAAUAUAUUUAACGAUUCUAAUGACAAUCAAUUAGAAGUUAAUAUUAAUAAUCAAUCUCAAGCUUCAGCGGACGUAUUCAAUAGAGAUUCUAUAUCUGCAUUUACCACGACUACAGAAUCAUCUACUCCUCUAUCUACUUACUUAACUACUACUCCCAAUUCUAGUAACUAUUAUAAUGUGACAAUUGGCAAUCAAAUUAUGAAAUAUAAUUAUAAUGAUUUUAAAAAUCUUAAAAAUAUUGGAAGAGGGACAUUUGGAAUGAUUUACAGUGCAACAUUAAUGAAAGUGAAUGGAAAAAAUAGAAAGAGAACAGUGGCUUUAAAAUCUAUAGUCGUGACUACUAUGGAAUUAUUUGUUAACGAGGAUGAAUUAGACUUGAUAGUUUAUAUUUCACAGGGGAAUAGAGAAGAUCCAAUCAUUGGAACACCACAUGAUUAUAUUAAAAUCUAUCAAGAUUGUUGGAAUCAAUUCCCUGAUCAACGUCCAAAUAUUGGAAAAGUCGUACAAGAUCUCGAAUGCAUAGAUUUAAAAAAUAUUUUAGCUGAAAUAACAGAUAGGUACACAAAUAAACCCGUUAAUUCUCGUACACCAAAAAGAAUCAUUUCGACUUGGAUUUCCAAUUCCCGAGCUGCCUUCAAAA